CCCCAGCCCAGACCCAAAAUGAACGCCCAAUUCCAAACCACCCUCUCGGACUUCGAAUCAAAACUCAAUGCCCUCGUCACGAGUCUAACCACCUCCCCGACCGCGGCCGGCGCCCCCGCCGCAGCAGUCGGCCUGCUCGACGCCGACGACUCGCUCACCUCGGCCGUCGAAACCCUGCGCCAGCACCAGGCGAACUACGCGCGAAUCUUGAAGCUACGCGCCGAAGCCGAGAGCCUCGAGGACCGCGUGAAGAGCAUCGUGCGCGAUGUCGUGAACUACGAGAAGGAGGUGCGGACGACGUGCGGGGACGACGAGGAGGAUAGUGAUGAGGAGGUCGAUAGCGAUAGCGAUGACGAGGAUGAGAGCGAGCGCGAGAAUGAGGUUGAGAGUAGGGAUGGACAAGAGAAGGAAAAGCGCACCGGGCUCCGACACACCAAAGAAGUCGAGUACAAGCUCCUGCUCGACUUUGCGCGCCGCAUCAGCAAAUAUAACCUGCAGGCGGCGUCGGACGCAGAGCAGGGGAUUCACGGGAACGAGGCGCAGACGCGGAAGAAGCUGGACCAGGAUACGGAGAUGGGCGGGACCAACACCACCAACACCACCAACACCACCGGGAAUGCCAACGGCACUGACGCUCCUGCCGGGAUCGAGCCCGUCUCGACCGUCACGAAAGAAGCGACCUCGUGGCUGGACGAGUCGGCGAACCUGACGCGCCAGGUCUAUAUGCUGCCGUAUCCGAUGGAGGAUCGGAUCCGGAUGGGGCUGAUGGGGCAGAUCCAGCUGGCGGCGGCGGAGGGACGGCCUGGCUUCGACGCGGACGGGGAGGUGGAGCGGCUGAUUCGCGAGGCGGAGGGGACUGGGGCUGCGGACGCGAUGGCGCCGGUGCAGCCGGGUGAAGGGACGAGACAUGCAGAUGAGGCGGCGAUGGCGGCGGCGCAUGCGGGCUCGGCGGCCAGUGCGGGCGCUGGGAGGACAGCGCCGCCGCCGCCAAAGCCGAAGGCGAUGCUGGAUUUGGAUCUGUAUGAUCCGGAUGAUGAUGAUUAGAUGUGGUUGGAGGGUGGGUUGAGGUAUCUGUGCUUUCCUGGGAUGUUGAAUAAAGAUCAUUCGGACAGGUGAGAUGCUACUAUCUGGUCUGGUGGACUGUCUUUGGCUAUAUGGAUGAUCUGCUGUAGUUGCAUUGGCAAUCUUUCAGUUAGGAUGGACGAUACCUAUAUCGGAGCGCAGUGUAUUUAACGAGACCAUGACAACUGAAUUUCUAAG